AUGGUCGCAGUCGCCACCGUCCCCGCCCCCGUUGGGGAGCCUCACAAGCUUGAGAAGAAGCCCAUCAAGUUCUCCAACCUGCUGCUGGGCGCCGGUCUCAACAUGUUCGAGGUCACCACCCUCGGCCAGCCCCUCGAGGUCACCAAGACCACCAUGGCCGCCCAUCGAGGCGACGGCUUCGCCACUGCCCUGGGCCGCAUCUGGUCUCGCGGAGGUGUUCUCGGCUUCUACCAGGGCCUCAUCCCCUGGGCCUGGAUCGAAGCCUCGACCAAGGGCGCCGUCCUCCUGUUCGUCGCCUCCGAGGCCGAGUACUACGCCCGCGCGGCCGGCGCGUCCGAGUUUGGCGGUGGCAUCCUCGGCGGCAUCACGGGCGGUGUCGCCCAGGCCUACGCCACCAUGGGCUUCUGCACGUGCAUGAAGACGGUCGAGAUCACCAAGCACAAGAUGGCCGCCUCGGGCGUCAAGCCCCAGUCCACCUUCCAGACCUUCAUGGACAUCUACCGCAAGGAGGGCAUCCGCGGCAUCAACAAGGGUGUCAAUGCCGUCGCCAUCCGCCAGAUGACCAACUGGGGCUCCCGCUUCGGUCUCAGCCGUCUUGCCGAGGGCGGCAUCCGCUCCGCCACCGGCAAGAAGGACGGCGACAAGCUGUCCGCCGGCGAGAAGAUCCUCGCCUCGGGUAUCGGUGGUGGUCUCAGCGCCUGGAACCAGCCCAUCGAGGUCAUCCGCGUUGAGAUGCAGAGCAAGAAGGAGGACCCCAACCGUCCCAAGAAGAUGACGGUCGGCAACACCUUCAGGUACAUCUACGCCAACAACGGCAUCCGGGGCCUCUACCGCGGCGUUGCGCCGCGCAUCGGUCUCGGUGUCUGGCAGACCAUUUGCAUGGUCGCCUUCGGUGACAUGGCGAAGACUUAUGUUGAGAAGCUGACCGGCGACUCGGUCUCGGCUAAGCAUUAA